CCAAGAUCAGAUGGUGCUUACGAAAACCAUCUCCCCAGCUAGCUGAAAAAAAAACAAAGAUGGACAAAGAAGAACUCCUAAAGCUUUCUGUGUGAUCUUCACGUUUCUUACCAUGUCAGGUUGAAUGUAUGGACUUCCAUCUGUCCUGUUCCAAUGGCGGAGCCGAACCAGACAGUGACCCAUUUUGUGUUCUUGGGACUGACUGAUAAUCGGAGUCUGGAGCUGUUUCUAUUUCUCAUCUUCUUCAUCAUCUACCUGCUUACCUUAGUAGGAAACCUCUUGAUUGUGGUGACAGUGGCUUGUGACCGAUGCCUCCACACGCCCAUGUACUUCCUUUUGGGAAAUCUGUCCUUUCUUGACAUCUGCCAUUCCUCUGUCACGGCACCCAAGAUGCUCCUGGACUCUGUCUUCAGGCAGAAGAUCAUCUCCUUCGGAGGCUGUGUGGCACAAUUCUUCUUCCUCCACAUCUGUGCCUCUGCUGAGAUCUUCCUCCUGACCAUCAUGGCCUAUGACCGCUGCGUUGCCAUCUGCUAUCCAUUACAGUAUGUGACUCUUGUGAAUCUGAAGAUCUGUGUGUGCUUGGUGGGUGCUCUGUGGAUCGGGGGCAUCAUCCAUUCUCUGGUCCAGACUGUCCUUACC